AGUUCACUCGCGCUGAGGCUCUGGGAACGUUGUGCUCUGGACCGCCGAAGGAGCCGCUCCACGCUGGGAGUACAGCCAGCCAGUUUAUAUAUAUAUAUACAUGUACAUGUACAUUUGGCCUGAAGUGGGCAAAAGUGUGACAAACAGAACGGAAAGUUAGCAUACUUUUGUGAGUGACGACUUGGCCAAAUCGCGAGUUCAAGCCCCUCUAUUCAGGAUAUCGAAUAUGUGAAAAUGUGACCCAAUUGAAAACGCGAAAACGGGUCGCAACUACACAUAAACUGCAUAUACACAUAUAUGUAUGUGUGCGGGCGAGCAUAAGUACAUCUGUCAAUACAAGGAGGAAUUAUGAAGCUCUCUGACACCAUGGCCACGCCUAUAGAAGAAAAACUCGACCAAAACCUGAAGGUGCGAACUGGAAUGGUGCACGUGAGCGAUGGCAAGAGCAGACCAGAACCCCUUCGACUUAAUCUUACCAUGGAGUUGCUCUCGCUGCAGAAGCUGGAAGUGGUGACCCCAAGUAGUUGUCAUCCCAAUGGACCACCCAUGGAAUCAAAGGAACGCAUGGUUCAAAUUACGCGCCAAAAACAAGGCGGCCUAGGACUGAGCAUAAAAGGCGGCGCCGAGCACAAAUUACCCAUUUUGAUAUCGCGUAUCUAUAAGGAUCAGGCUGCGGACAUAACGGGCCAGCUAUUUGUGGGCGAUGCCAUCAUCAAGGUCAACGGGGAGUACAUCACGGCAUGUCCUCACGAUGAUGCCGUCAAUAUAUUGAGAAACGCUGGCGAUAUUGUUGUGCUCACUGUUAAGCAUUAUCGCGCAGCCACGCCUUUCCUUCAGAAGCAACUGACCAAGGACACGCCCGACUCUGACAACGAUGUCACAUGUGCCGAGCUGAAGGCUGACGAGGGCUACAAGUCAUCCGUCAAUAGUGGAACCAUCAGUCGCAGUUGUAGUCGCCCCAUGUCAAUCUGCUCGGAGCCCGAGAAGCGCUGGACCGACGUGGUUGCCGUACCUCUAAUGAUGGCAUAUGUGACGAGGUACAUCUAUGGCACUGACAAGCUGCGCCAAAAUGCCUUUGAAGUUCGCGGUCUUAAUGGAAUUUCCACAGGUGUCAUACACUGCGACGAACUGGCCAUACUUAGUCAGUGGCUAAAGUUGAUAACGGACAAUGUUGUGGGCCUAACGCAUUUACAAAUGAAGCUAUAUAAUAGAAACUUUGCUGUGGGCGAGCGCAUUGAGUACAUGGGCUGGGUGAAUGAAGGUGUCAUCAACAACAAUAUAUCGUGGCAGAGCUACAAGCCCAGGUUUCUACUGCUCAAAGGCACUGAAGUGAUGCUCUUUGAAACGCCACCACUUAAUGUGGCUGGCAUUAGCAAAGCUUUGGUGGUCUACAAGGUCUACCAGACCAUGUUCCGCAUUGUCAAGGAAUCCGAGACUGUGGAUAGUCGUCAGCAUUGUUUCCUGCUGCAAAGUUCGGGUCAUGAACCGCGCUAUUUGAGCGUGGAAACCCGUCAGGAGCUUUUGAGGAUCGAGAAUAGCUGGAAUGCGGCCAUUGUGACAAGUGUAAUCAAACUGGGCCGUAAGACCUUUGCUGUGUCGCAUCAUGGAAAAAGUGGCGGACUCACGCUGGACUGGCAAGCUGGAUUUUCACUAACUGAAGGAUCAGAAUCCGCCACAGUUUGGCAGUAUAAAUUCUCACAGCUGAGGGGCUCCAGUGAUGAUGGUAAAUCGAAGCUGAAGCUGCAUUUCCAGGAUCACGAUAGCCGUGCAAUAGAAACCAAGGAGCUGGAAUGCCAAGUCCUGCAAAGUCUGCUGUUCUGCAUGCACGCGUUUCUCACGGCCAAGGUGGCAUCGGUGGAUCCAGCAUUUUUGAGCUCAAUCCAGCAGACUUAAAUCAAAAUAUGGACAAGAAUUCACAUGGACUCACACUCAAAAUGAUAUAUAAUGAAUAUUCGUAAAGUGCAUAGCAAAUAAUUCGAAUAUGAAUGUUGGACUAUAGGUAUCGCAUACAUGAUUGUCUGCUUGGAGUUAUUAUAAACGAGUACGCGCAUAUACAUAUGUAUGUUGAUCUGAAUGAUUGUAAUUGUAAUUGGAUACUGAUAUGGGUAUAUUUAUAGCGCUGAUAAAACUGAAAGUGAAAUCUCUUGGUGCAUUACAGUAAAUUUAAGCAUACAUAAGGCAAUUACUUUAGGCAUUUUUCCUAUUACGUAGACUUGGUACUUACAAAUUGACAACAAAUUGAUAUUGUUUAUAAUCGAUCGUUUCCGAAUGUAGCCUUUAAAGUUAAAUUACUUACCCCUAUCUAACUUACGGAUUGUUAAAACCACAUAGGUCUGCCGAUUCUGAAUGUCAGAGCAACUAAUCGCUUUUGCUAUUAGCCGAAAAGAUUAUAAUGAGUGGCCUUAAAGGCUUUAUCCCGUGCUGUAUCCUCUAGACAUAUAUUUCUCCGGCGAUUUAACGAAAAUUGAUCGAAAAAGAUGAAAACCGUGUUUUGUGUGCGCUCUAAUGAAAAUUUAAUUUUCGAAAAAACGAAUGCUUUAAGGUCGGAUUAACUGUUAUUUUCUACUGAAGUAAUAGCUGAUGUCAUAAUAGAUAUAUACUUAUAUAUAAAAAUACCUUAUAAAUUAAUAUAUAUAUAACAUCCACCGAACAAAUCUCAAUGCACAGACGUAACAUGAACUAGAUUUUAUAACUGUUAUACAUUUACUCAGAGCCAGUUAAGUGAUUUCAUCAGACACUCACUUAGGUCAUUUGUCAAUUCAGAACGUGUCUUUCGGUGGCAAGAUCGCAUUUGUUGCUAGCAUAUUGCAUUGUACGUAUUGAUUUUAGGCGUUAUUGCACAACAUACAACAUACAACUACACAUUAUCGAAUUAGUUAGCGAAUCAUCGACGAGCACAAAAGAUCAUAUAUCUACACACAAAUAUAAAGUUGCAAAAUCAAGUAAAUUGCAAAAUCCCAAACAGCAUAAGCAGAAUAUCUCUAAAAAUAUGCAAGUAUCUAUAAUCCAUUUACCACAGCUGAAAACAGAAUCAAAAAUAUUUACUGUACAUAUGCUUAGCUCUAUUGGGUUAGAAUCCGCUCCUAGCUCCACAAAGUAUAUAUGUAUAUGUAUACCAUAGCCGCAGAAAUAAUAUUUGCAUACAAACCGAUCCUAGUUGCACCCAAAUCGCAAUCCUAACACUCCAAACCCGACCAACAUACGUAAUCUGCAAACACCGCAACAUGUUAUACGAGUAUAAAUUACCAGGGAGUUAGAGCUCCCUCAUCAAAACUAACCUACAUACCAUACAUACAUACAUAUAUUUUUAAUGCGAAGCUUACAUAGUGCUGUAUGAAGUACACGACAUACAUACAGAUAUAUACAUAUAUAUGCCACACACACAUAUGUUCCCCGAACUAAAGAUACUACUCAAAAACUGCGAUUCUGUAAUAAAGUUCAAUAUUUAUCCGGAACUGCGCUACUUGACAAAAGUUCAACGAUAUGAAAACCAUUUGAGUUGGUUCAGUUAUGGUUCCCUAUUUACUUUUAUGCGUUUGCUAAUUGAAAUUAUUGUACAAGAAACCCAAAGCAUUCGAAUUGGAAUAAAAUCUGAAUAUCUAAUCAAGAA